AUGUCUUCUCGCGCUGCAGCUAGAUUAGCCCGGGUAGCUGGACAUAUAUCUGCAUCUGCAUCAUCUCCCUCAACAACAACAUCUUCAUCAACUUCGUCGACAGCAAGAAGAAUGGCUCCAACUAGAAAGCACAAGGUCGCCAUCAUUGGCUCUGGCAAUUGGGGUUCGGCAAUAGCUAAAAUCCUCGCUGAGAACACUACGGCACAUCCUCACCUCUUUGAAUCCGAGGUUCGCAUGUGGGUCUUCGAAGAAGACUACCAGCUUCCGUCCUCGCAUAAGGGCUAUGAUCCUUCAAAACACUCUCAACCCCGAAAACUAUCUUCCCUAAUUAACGAACUCCAUGAAAAUGUCAAAUAUCUACCAAAUAUUGCUCUCCCUCCCAAUAUUGUCGCCGAUCCAUCCAUCCUCUCCGCCGUCAAGGACGCUUCCCUAUUAAUCUUCAACGUUCCUCAUCAAUUCGUAUCGAAGAUCUGUGAUCAGAUCCACGGCCAUAUCGUACCAUACGCCAGGGCUGUCUCCUGUAUCAAGGGUGUUGAUGUUUCAUCCGAUGGCAUCUCAUUGUUCUCUGAUGUCAUUGGCAGGAAACUCGGUAUCUACUGUGGUGCCCUCUCUGGAGCUAACAUCGCAAACGAAGUCGCAGAGGAGAAAUUCUGUGAAACAACCAUUGCUUAUGAUCCACCAGGAACCCUAACUCCAUGCCCAGAGGAGUUCCCUGUUAUCGACCACUCGCUAUGGAAGCAUCUAUUCCACAGACCCUACUUCCACGUCAGCAUGAUUCACGAUGUCGCCGGAACCUCACUAGGUGGAGCUUUGAAGAAUAUUAUUGCCAUUGGUGCCGGUUUCGUCGACGGUAUGGGCUGGGGUGAUAAUGCCAAGGCGGCAAUCAUGCGAGUCGGUAUUCUAGAGAUGCGAAAAUUCGGAUUGAUGUUCUUUGACUCUUGCAAGAGCGAAACGUUUACAGAGGAGAGCUGUGGUGUUGCCGACUUGAUUACCAGUUGUGCUGGGGGCAGAAAUCACAAGUGUGCCAAGCUCUCUGUGGAGCAGGGAAGACCUAUCGAAGAGAUUGAAGCAGAGGUCCUCAACGGCCAAAAGCUACAGGGUACAUUGACAGCUAUGGAAGUCAAUGAGUUUUUGAAGGCUAGAGGAAAAGAGAAGGAUUUUCCUUUGAUGACUGCUGUUCAUAAAAUUCUUAUUCGUGAAGCUAGUGUCGAGGAUAUUCCACAUCUUCUCGAUUAA